AUGCUUACGAUUGAUGCAGAUCUCAAGGGGGACCACUUCAUGCUCCCGUUCGAAGACCCAGCAGUUUUGAAAGACUAUGUUCGUGAGCAAGAGGCCAAUCCCGCACCAUUUGAAGAACGGCGUGGCCGCCCGGUGUACGAAUCAAGGCCGGACUUCGGCCGCUUAAGGAGGGGUGUAGGUUUCGUCAAGCUGACAGACUUUGGUCUUGCCGUUCGUGGAGACGUUUCUACAAUGUAUUAUCAUGAUAUCCAACCCCUUGAGUACACGGCUCCAGAGGUCAUGCUACAAGCAGGGUGGAGCUAUUCUGCAGAUAUUUGGAACCUGGGCCUAGUGCUGUGGGAGCUUCUGGCUGAAGUGAAUAUUCUUGAUGGAAAAUCACCCGGAAACCCAAAAUUCUCUUACCUGACCCGAUUCGCUCAAAUGAUCCGCCUACUAGGGCCGCCUCCCGCUUCCCUUCUUUCCCGAGCCAACAAAGACGUAUACUCACGCCUGUAUGAUGAUCAAGGCAUGUUGAAGGUCAAGGGUUGCAAAAUUGGAAUUUAA